GCUAUGUGUUGUUUUCAGAUUUCUUUGUCCAUGUACUGUAUUAUACAUGUUGUGUAUAAAAAUGUGUGUUUUUUUAAUCACUUUGGUGCAAUUUUCACAAGCAUGUGGUACAUUUCCACAACUCUUAGUACAAAACUCAAAACACAUCAUCAAAAAAGGCAGUUCAACACACAAAAUCACAGUCACUUUUCACAACGCUUAAUCAGUUAUUCAUGUAGAAUUACAUGCUUCACCUUGCAAAAGGGGGGGGGUACCUAGUCAGUUGUCCAACUGAGAUGUGUCUUGUAUUCGACUGAGAUGUGUCUUGUAUUCGACUGAGAUGUGUCUUGUAUUCGACUGAGAUGUGUCUUGUAUUCAACUGAGAUGUGUCUUGUAUUCAACUGAGAUGUUUAUUGUAUUCAACUGAGAUGUGUCUUGUAUUCGACUGAGAUGUGUCUUGUAUUCGACUGAGAUGUGUCUUGUAUUCGACUGAGAUGUGUCUUGUAUUCAACUGAGAUGUGUCUUGUAUUCGACUGAGAUGUGUCUUGUAUUCGACUGAGAUGUGUCUUGUAUUCGACUGAGAUGUGUCUUGUAUUCGACUGAGAUGUGUCUUGUAUUCAACUGAGAUGUGUCUUGUAUUCAACUGAGAUGUUUAUUGUAUUCAACUGAGAUGUGUCCUCUGAAUUUAACCGAACCCCUCUAAAUUAGAGAGGUGCGGGGGGCUGCAUUAAUCAACAUCCACCUCUUAAGCGCCUGGGGAACAGUGGGUUAACUGCCUUGCUCAGGGGCAAAACGGCAGAUUUCUACCUUGUCAGUUUGGGGAUUUGAUCCAGUAACCUUCUGGUUGCUGGCCCAACGCUCUAACCACUAGGCCACCUGCCACCCAAACAUGUUUAUAUAAAGUAAUUGCCUUUCACGGUGCAAUGUUCACAUUACGUCUGAUAUGAUUCUCUUCUCUUUUGUCAAAAGACAUUUUACUAUUACUUAAACCGACUGCUCUUAAUUGACGAUCACGUAAUACGUUUGGUUAACCUGGAGAUUUGACAUGUAAACUACUGAAUGAAAAUGUAGUUCUGUAAAGUAAAAACAUACAAACAUGAUAUUCACUUAAAUGUAUUACUAUGAUGAUGACGAUUAUGAUUUUGUCAUAAUGUUGUACAGAGUUGUUUCUAUAUUAUUAUUGUAGUCCAUUCCUUGAACAAAUAUUUCACAUACAUUUGUAUAUAUCUGUUUAUCUAUCUUUGUGUGUGCGUGCACGUGUGUGAUAAGAGGAGCCAACGGUCAACACAAUUAAUCAGGUGAAGCCGAUGCAGGUGAUAUGUCUUGCAUAACCUCAGCUAACGAUUGGAGGGUGACUAAACAAACACCAUCCCAAGUCCAGCAGAGAACAAUCCCUGUUCUGCUGUAGCACUGUGAUGCAGGCUCUGUGACAUACUUGCCUACCUGCUUGCAUACGUGCUCUUGUACGUUCUUGCGUGAACAUAAGGAGUGGAUUUGUUAAUUAUCCGGCGACUGGAUAACGAAAAACCGCCGACGACUCGCCGAAGUGUCUUUACGUGACCCGCUUUGUCCCAGGAGUCAGUACCCAUAUUCUCCCAAAUAGGACGAGUAUACGGUGUCAGAAUGUACCAAAGCCUUGCUUUGUCAUCCAACCAGUCCCCAUAUGCACACGAUGCAGGGAACUAUAUGCACCCUUCGGCGAGUUCCCCGGUGUACGUGCCCACUACGAGGGUGCCUGCUAUGCUGCAAACCCUGCCGUACUUGCAGACAUGCGAGUCCACCCAUCAGUCCCAUGGCCUCGGCGGGCAUCAUGGCUGGCCUCAGACUGGCACAGACAGUUCGUCCUUCAACCCGGGCAGCCCCCAUCCGCACCCCGGGUUCUCAUACUCGCACAGCCCACCAGUAAGCAGCAAUACAGGCAGGGACACAACCUACCAAAACCCGCUUGUGCUCAGUAACGGUGGUCGGGCCGACCAGUAUGGCAGCGCUUUGGUACGGUCUGUUGGAGGAUCAUACUCGAGUCCCUACGCCUACAUGAGCCCUGAGAUGGCAACCUCUUGGACACCAGGCCACUUUGAGAGCGGCAUGAUCAGUCUUCAGGGACGGCAAGGUUGCCUGUCUGGGAGAAGGUCCAGUUUGGACAUGUUGGAGGAGUUCCCGGGAGAGGGUCGUGAGUGUGUAAACUGCGGCUCCAUCUCCACUCCUUUGUGGCGACGAGACGGUACCGGGCACUACCUGUGCAAUGCCUGUGGCUUGUACCACAAGAUGAACGGAAUCAACAGGCCACUCAUCAAACCACAGAAACGGCUGCAGACCACAUCUCGCCGGGCCGGCCUGUGCUGCACUAACUGCCUCACCAGCACGACUACGCUGUGGCGUCGCAACGCAGAGGGAGAGCCUGUCUGCAACGCCUGUGGACUGUACAUGAAACUACAUGGAGUCCCCAGACCACUGGCCAUGAAGAAGGAAAGCAUUCAGACCAGGAAACGGAAACCUAAGAUGCCCAAGUCCAAACCCUCAACAGGAGGGUUGUCAGCCUCAGGCACCAACUCACCGUCCUCCUUGUCUGUCUCGGAACAUGCAUCUACGAUAAAGAGUGAACCCAACAUGGCCCCCUCACCCUACGCUGGACAGACCGUAGCCUCUGUGUCUCAGGCUUCGUCACAUCUGGACAGUUCAGGACAUGUCGACAUCAAAUACGAGAACUACCCCUUUACGCCCACGUCCGUCGCCCCACAGAACUCCUGGUGUGCUCUGUCUCAGGCAUGAGCUUGACCGCAGCUCACCGUGUCCUGAUUCUGGAACCAGCGCAGCUCACCGUGUCCUGAUUCUGGAACCAGCGCAGCUCACCGUGUCCUGAUUCUGGAACCAGCGCAGCUCACCGUGUCCUGAUUCUGGAACCAGCUCAGCUCACCGUGUCCUGAUUCUGGAACCAGUUCAGCUCACCGUGUCCUGAUUCUGGAACCAGCUCAGCUCACCGUGUCCUGAUUCUGGAACCAGCUCAGCUCACCGUGUCCUGAUUCUGGAACCAGCGCAGCUCACCGUGUC